AUGAGGCUUAUCCUCCUGGCAUGUCUCUGGGCUUCCCUUGCAGGAGUCCUGCUGGCAGAAGAUGUAGACACAAACGAACGUGAGAUCCGUCUGGUGGGUGGCCCCAACCACUGCUCCGGGAGAGUUGAGGUGCUUCACGAGGAUGUCUGGGGAACCAUCUGUGAUGACCAGUGGGAUUUACGGGAGGCAAAGGUCGUGUGCCGGCAGCUGGGCUGUGGGACGGCGCUAUCGGCCCCUCGGGAGUCAAAAUACGGGGAAGGGAAGGGCCAAAUCUGGCUGAGUGAUGUGAACUGCAAAGGGACAGAAGCGUCCCUCACCGAAUGCAAGGCAAAACCAUGGGGAGACAACAUCUGCAACCACGUGGAAGAUGCCAGUGUGGAGUGUUCAGGAGCAGAAAUACCUGAGCCAGGGCCAAUCCGGCUGGUGGGAGGCCCGAACCGAUGUGCCGGGAGGGUUGAGGUGCUUCAUGAAGAACAGUGGGGCAGUGUGUGCCAUGACGACUGGGAUCUAAAUGACGCCCAAGUAGUGUGCAAGCAACUGGGCUGUGGGGACGCCGUGCUGGCCCCCAUUGCUGCCAAGUUUGGACGAGGAACUGACACCAUCUGGCUGGAUGAUGUGAACUGCACAGGGAUGGAAGCUGCUCUCUCUGAGUGCCCGGCGAGGCCAUGGGGGGACCACAAUUGUUACCACGGGGAAGAUGCCAGUGCAGUUUGUUCAGACUCGGGGAUCACCGUCUCCGCUUCAGUCCGACUGGUGGGUGGCCCCAACCGCUGCUCUGGGAGAGUCGAGGUGCUUCACAAGGGCGUCUGGGGGACCAUCUGUGAUGACCAGUGGGAUUUACGGGAGGCAAAGGUCGUGUGCCGGCAACUGGGCUGUGGGACGGCGCUAUCAGCCCCUCGGGAGUCAAAAUACGGGGAAGGGAAGGGCCAGAUCUGGCUGAGCGAUGUGAACUGCACAGGGACAGAAGCGUCCCUCACUGAAUGCGAGGCAAAACCAUGGGGAGACAACAUCUGCAACCACGUGGAAGAUGCCAGCGUGGAGUGCUCAGAGGUGGACAUUCCCGAGCAGGGGCCCAUCCGGCUCAUGGAUGGCCCAAACAAGUGUGCUGGGAGAGUCGAGGUGCUCCAUGAGAACCGGUGGGGCAGUGUGUGUGACGACCGCUGGGACAUGAAGGACGCCAAGGUGGUGUGCAAGCAGGUGGGCUGCGGGUCACCGCUGUCGGCUCUGGGAGAUGCCCAGUAUGGGCGAGGGUCAGAUAUCAUCUGGCUGGACGAUGUCGAAUGCAAGGGGACAGAAGAAAGCAUCGCUGACUGCCAGGCCAGGCCGUGGGGUGAACACAACUGCUAUCAUGGAGAGGACGCCACUGUUGUUUGUGCAGUUAACGAGAACCUGGAGGAGUCAGAAGCACC